AUGGUGAGCCAAAGGCAGAGACUUGCGCGGAAACGAUACAAGGAAGCUCACCCAGAGGAGUUUCCAAAACCGGAACCGACGCCGCCAAAGGAUCCCGAUAAGAAGAAGAAAAAGAAGAGCUUGUUCAAGAAGAAACCUGGAUCUUCCAGAGACAGACCCAUGAGAAGCGGCUCGUCGACAAGGCAUCCUCUUCGAGUUCCCGGUAUGAAACCUGGGGAAGGCUGUUAUAUCUGCAAGUCCAAAACCCAUAUCGCUAAGCUCUGCCCUGAAAAAUCCGAGUGGGAGAGAAACAAGAUAUGUUUGCAAUGCAGAAGGAGAGGGCAUAGUCUUAAGAAUUGCCCGGAGAAAACGGAAGAGAGCAGCUUCGAGAAGAAGCUGUGUUACAACUGUGGAGAUACUAGUCAUUCACUCUCCCACUGUCCUAAUCCUUUGGAAGAUGGAGGAACAAAGUAUGCGAGUUGUUUCAUUUGCAAGGAACAUGGACACAUAAGCAAGAACUGCCCUCAAAGCAAGCAUGGAGUCUACCCAAUGGGUGGGUGUUGUAAAGUGUGUGGGAGUGUUGCGCAUCUCGUCAAAGAUUGCCCUGAUAAAUUCAACAGAGAUUCAGAUCGUCAACCAAAGAGAUCAAGAUUUGAUGCUACACCAAGAGGGAAAGUCACUAAGUUGAUUAGUGGGGAUGAUCUUGAAGACGAUUUCGCCUAA